AUGUCUGGUCUGUAUUCCAACUCAACCGUCCUUAUAAAGGACACACUCCCAGCCAAUGCCACAACUGUACAAAUUCUAGAACAUUUACGACAUAAAGUUUCCCUGUAUAGUGGGAUGGUACCCAAUGUUGCAUUCAACAUCUCCAUGAUAGCAAUAUGGGGUGUGCUUCUAACUAUCCAAGUAUUACAACUCUAUUAUCGCCAAUGGUGGUUCUCCAUAGCAUUUAUUUGCACAGGUGUUUUAGAAGUUUUAGGUUAUAUAGGAAGAACAUGGUCGCAUUAUAAUUUACCAGCAAUGAAUCCAUUUCUACUAAAUAUGGUUUGUUUAACCAUUGCGCCUGUCUUCACAAUGGGCGGUAUAUACUAUCAAUUAGCUAAAUUAAUUGAAAUAUAUGGACAUCGUUUCUCCUUAUUACCUUCACCGAUGGCAUAUUCUUUUAUUUUCAUUGCAUCAGAUAUUAUAUCCUUGGCCAUCCAAGCAGCAGGAGGUGGUACUGCAGGUAUGGCAGUGAGAGUCAAUAAAUCUGCCCAGACAGGUGAUAACAUUUUCGUCGCUGGUUUAGCAAUUCAAGUGGCAUCAAUGUUUUUCUUUUUAUUGUUUUGGUUCCAAUUCUUAUUCCGUAUUUAUAUUCAAGUCAGAUUUGAACAUACAAACACUAAAAAGAUUACAAAACAAUUAUUAAUGAUACGACAAUCAGAAAUUGAUUACCUGUAUAGAGAAAAAUUCCAUGAUCUAAGAAUUGAUCCUGACCGUUGGGUUUUUCGUUACUUCACUUUAGCAAUGACUGCAGCUGUCCUUUGUAUCUUUACACGUUGUUGUUAUCGUCUUGCUGAACUAUCUGAAGGUUGGUCCGGAUAUUUAAUUACACAUGAAUGGUAUUUUAUCAUUUUGGAUGCCUUAAUGAUGACUUUGGCAACAACAAUAUUUACUAUUUUCCAUCCAGGAUUCGCCUUCAAGGGGAAAUAUACGUCAAUUCCAAUUACUACAGGACAUGUUGAUCCUGAGACUAGAUCUGAUAACUCCUUUGAUGAUGAUCUGGAAAACAAUAAGCUAUCAGUUUCUGAUAUUGAAAAAGAAGUAGUAGAAAGAUUUGACAAGAAACCUAAGACAUUCUUUAAGAAAAUGCUCAAAAAUCCAUUCAAGAAAUAA